AUGAAGCCAAGGUUAUUGUGCAUUGGCCUCUUUGCCGCCAUUGGGUUUGCGGCAGACCCGAGAUCAUGUCGAUGUCAACCCGACCAACCCUGCUGGCCAACCGAGGGUCAAUGGGCUGCCCUUAAUAAUUCUAUCGGAGGGAAUUUGGUCACAGUGAAACCACUCGCAAGGUCUUGUCACGACCCCAAUUUCAACGCUUCUGCAUGUAGCGUUGUACAAACAAAUACAUAUAAUUCUACCUAUCGAUCCUUGCAUCCGGGUGCGCUUCAAUGGGAAAACUGGGAAACAUGGCCAGCAGCCGAUGAGAAAUGCUAUACGGAGUCCCCACGGUCGGACCCAUGCGAACAAGGCCGAUUAUCGCUCUUCUCAGCUGAAGUACGAAAUGCUCAACACAUUCAAACCAUUGUCAAUUUCGUGACGCGCCAUAAUAUCAAGCUUGUCAUAAAAAACACUGGUCAUGACUUUCUUGGCCGGUCAUCUUCGCCGAAAUCUUUGCAAAUUCUGACGCACUUCAUGAAGAGCAUGUCUAUUUCCAACGAAUUUGUUCCCACGGUCCCACCGAUGUCAACUCGUCCGGAUGGUGUGAAGGCUGUAACUGUUGGCGCUGGCGUUCAAUUGGGUGAGAUGUACGCAUUUUUGGGGUCCAAAGGCUUGAUGGCAGUGGGAGGGACAUUCAACACAGUUGGUGUUGCCGGUGGAUAUAUCCAAGGUGGAGGACAUUCCUUCCUAGGAUGGCUCCAUGGAAUGGCGAGUGAUAAUGUGCUUGAGUUUCAAGUUGUGUUGGCAGAUGGAUCACUUGUAUUCGCCAACGCAUAUCAGAACUCUGAUCUGUUCUUCGCAUUGAGAGGUGGUGGUGGAGGCUCUUUUGGAGUGGUCGUAAGCGCCACUGUUAAAGUCUACCCUGAUUACCCCUUGAUAUACGCGACACUGAACUACACCAUGGACCCGGGUACCGCGUUCUGGGACGGAGUCGGAGCAUUUCAAAAACAUAUCCUUCGACUCAACGAUCAUGGUGGCUCGGGAUACUACGGAAUGGUGCCAAUAAAUCCAGUUUCCAGCACACAAAACGUGUCCGCAUUUAUGUCCGCCAUCGCAUUCGUCAACCAAACAGACCUAACCACUGUUAAAGAACUUUUCUCUCCUUUGCUAUCGGAUUUGAAACAAGUGAUCGGAUUCGAACCAUCGUUCGGUAUGGUUACGUAUCCUUCAAUGUCCAGCAUGUAUUCCACAGUCUUGGCUGGUAGCGAUACAACCGGGACAGGAAUGCGCUUAGGAUCUCAACUGGUGUCACGAGAUUUCAUCAAAUCAGACAAUUCCACACGACUGACGCGUGCCAUGUCAAGUCUUAACUAUGACCCGGGCGAGGCAGUUGCGGGAAUAAUCCUAACAGGAGGCCAAGUUUCCAAGAAUCGCAAUAUCGCAUCCGCACUGAAUCCAGCCUGGAGAGAUACCAUGGUCCAUGUCAUUUUCACGCGGUUGGUGAGCGCAGAUAUGACAUUUGAAGAGCAGGAUGCCAAAACCGCUAAUAUCACGCGUCGCGAGGUGCCUAUGUUCAGAUCACUUGAGCAUGGCAAAAUGGGUGUCUAUGUGAAUGAAGCCGAUGCUGAUGAAGUUGGAUUUCAACAAUCGUUUUGGGGUGAGAAUUACCCACGCUUGCGAUCUAUCAAGGCAUCAAGGGAUCCGAAUGAUCUGUUCAUUGUUCGGAAAGGGGUUGGUAGUGAAGAUUGGGACAAUGAUGGGCUAUGUCGAUUGAACAGAUCUUGA